AGUGUCCUGCCUGUUGACAACCCCAGGCAGGAGUCAUGGGAUCUUUGGAUGGGGGAUAAGAUGAGGCCUCCAUUUGUCUCUUACCCUAAACCUUCAUAGGUGGCCAUUAAAAUCUCCAAGACUCUGCCUUUUUGUAACUCAAAGAAGGCAGCUGAGGUGGUUUAGAUGAGGACAUCCCUGUGGGUGUCCAGGAGGUCGAUGAACUGGAAGACUAGAGUACAGUAAUUAAUGGUCAUUGGUGUGAACACUGAAGUCACCCAUGGACAUGGAAGGAUCUAGAAGGCCUAGAAGGUAUAUUAAUCCAUCUAAUCUUUACAACCACCUGGUGAAGCGGACCCCAGGAUGAUCCUUUUUAGAAAGGGUCCUCUUUUAGAUGAGAAAGUCGUCAGAGAGAGGAUCAGCACCUUGCCUAUGGUUACAAGAUUGGUAAGAGCAGAGAGUCCUGUGGUCCAAGUGUGGCUGGCCCAGCCAACAGGGGAGCUCUCCAAUCUCACGGUUCCUCCCCGGGGCAAGGCCUCCGCAACACCAAAGCCCUGAAGACUGACAGCUGUUGGAGCGUCCGCCUUCUUCAGCUGGCUCACAGCCUGCUGGUCGUCAUGGCUGCUGGGAAGGGUGCUCUGCAGAGGUCUUCGGCUGAAAACACAUGGAGGCUUGGUGAAGCUGACCAGGGCUGGAGCUGCAAGCCAGUGCUGCUGGAAAAAAUGAACAACCUGGGCUCUGAGGCUGCCAUGGGUGGUGGUGGCCGGGAGGAGACCUCUGCUGAGGUGGCACUGUCAGCAACCCCAGGAAAACUCAGACUGGGAAAGCCAAUGGCCCAGAAGGUGUGCUGGGAACAGGGGCAGAGUGCUUUCACAGAGGUGCCUCGACUCAAGAAGAGGCUGGAGGGUGUGCAGGCCAAGGAGAGGGAGCAUGAUAACCCCACAGGCCAGCCUGGUCCCCAGAAGCUGACCCAGGACACCCCCAGGGACCUGGCUGACAGCAAGACCUCUGUGUGGCCCAGUGGAGCCCGAGGGGAGCAGAAAAGCGCCUUCAGCAAACCAGCCAGGUGUCCAGCAGGGAGACCUGGGCCAACCUCCGUCUUCCAGGCACGUGGACCUGCAGAUGCCCUUGGGGAGCUGUUGGGACUCAGCAACACGGUAGACGUCCCUUGUUGGGAUCAGCUUUCGAAUUCUAAGUUUUUGGUGGGUGAUUUCUGGAACCUGCAGACGUUGCCACAAAAUGCUCCUCUCUGCAGUGCUUUCCUGGGGGCCCCCACACUGUGGCUAAAGCAUGCCACAGCCCAGAUGUCCACACCAUCAUCAUCCUCUUCCACUGCCACUUGGGCCCUGCUGCCACCUACAUUCACCUCCCUGGGCCUGUCCACCCAAAACUGGUGUGCAAAAUGCAACCUCUCCUUUCGCCUGACCUCCGACCUGGUCUUCCACAUGCGGUCCCACCACAAAAAGGAACAUGUGGGGCCUGACUUACAUUCUAAGAAGCUGAGAGAAGAGGCCCUCACGUGUCCCAUUUGCCAUGAGUAUUUCCGGGAGCGCCACCAUCUCUCCAGGCACAUGACUUCUCACAGUUAGCGGGUGGCUGUGGAACAGACCUGUGGAUGCAGCUUCUAGCAUUUGGCGGUGGGGCGGAGAUGGCUCCCUGGUGCUUCCUUUGAAAAGGCUCGUCAUCGUUGUCUGCAGGGCUGUCUGCAUUGGAGUUGAUAGAUGAACUUGGUCAUCAUUUGAAAAAGACGGUCCUUGGCUCUGAUGUAUUUUGAUGGAAAUAAAGUCAUGAAAUAAAAUGACACACUUUCCUAACCUAGGGUAUCAAGACUGCUAGGCACGGAGUAGAGGCCCGGCUCCUGUUCCAUAUGGAGGCAAGUUUGACACACAGCCUGGGCUUUGGAGGCAGACAAACCUGGAUGCUAACCUUUCACAUAUUAGCCCUGACCUUGGACACAUUGCUUUCACCAUCUGAGCCCCAGUCUUCUUCUCUGCAAAUGGAGAGGGCGACACCUGUGUCUUAGGGAUGUUGUCAUGGUUACGUGGGAAGGUGUGUGGAAAAUAGCCAGGAUGCCACCUGGCACAGUGUGAUUCCUGAGCGAAUGAUAUUUGUUAUCAUUGUCCAGAUUAGUAAGCUGUUGUUCCAUGGCAGAGUCUCAGCGGCAAGCAACCCAAAGCGUCUAAUUCUCGCUCGAAGGUCUGUGGGUUGGCUGGGUUGGGUUGGGCUUGGCUGGGCUUGGCUCCAGGUUGCAAAUUAUAUUUAGGUUCAUGUUCUGUUACUCUAGGACUAGUGGGCUUCCUAGAUAAUACUUCUCUUAUGGUCAUUCCCAGAGCACAAGAAGGAAAAUCCAAACACACAAGCACACCUCAAGUCUCUGCUUGGGUCACUGCUACUAGCAGCCUCCCAGCCAAAGCGAGUCAGUGACCAAGCCCAAAGCAAGUGGGUGAAAUGUGCCACCUACCUACAGGGAAGCCGUGAUGAGGGAGCGGAUGUAAGGUCCUACUACAGAGGCAUGAAGAGUUGGGACCAGUCAUUCAGCUGACACACUUGGUCCAUGGUUCUUCACAUGCUGAAUAUGUGGAAGGGGGAGAAAGGAGCAACAUCCCCCCCCCCCCCACACCCAUUAUCUCUCAGCAAGCAAGCAAGCAUGGUGCAAAAGCUUGAGACUUAAAACAUGGUGAGAAUUCGGAGCGUUGUGGUUACCAUUAUCUACUGCAUGUUGCGCUUCUCUCGGUGACUGUUCUUUUCAUCUGCAGUUGCCCUUGCAAACCUCAGGUCAUAAACUCUGAUGUAACUUGGGCCAGUUUGUGGGAAGGCCAUUCGUUGGGAGCUCUUUCCAGUUAGGCGUUCUUUUGACUGGUUUCCCCUGCACUUUCGGGAUUUGUUCAUUUGACCGGCAGUGUCCAACCCUCUGGUGGGGCCUCUGGCACUGAGCUCAGGCUGUGGUUGGGAAGGAGCUGGCGUGGGCAUCUCAGACAGUGGCCAGUGACCCGUCCAAACACCCUCCAAGCUCCAUUUCUUCUCUCCCUCUCCAUGCAUACACAGGGUCCUGGUGAGAGCCUGUCCCACCCGGCCCACCCUCCUUCUUGCUCACCCUCUCCCCGCCUCCCACCCACACACCCAGCCAUUCUGCACCCAUCGCCAGCCAUUCAGUCACCCAUUUAUUGGCCUUCCUGGGUACCCUUGCUGUGCCAGGCUCGGUGUCAGGCCCUGGGGGAGGCCCAGUGAAUUCGGCCCAUGGUCCUUGUUCAGGGUGCACAAUGCCUGGUGUGCAGCAUGAUGGAUGCCAAACAAAAGCCCGUGUGGGGUGCCUGGCACACGGGAGCAGGUGCACCUCAGACCUGUGGGAGUAAGUGCAGUGCCCCCUGAGGCCUCCUGAGGAGCAGGGGCAAGAGCAGAUCAUCCAAGUCCAGCAGAUGCUGGAGGUGCAGGUGGAGGGUAGUAGCUGGGG